ACUUAUUUAUUUACCUUUUUGCGUUGUGUCGAACGGAGGUGCCGUGCGUGAGUUGUACAUAUCCGUUUUUCUUUUCCCCUCUGGUGAAACAGUUCCCCCAGCUUGGUAGUGAAAAUGUCGGAAAACGAAGGAAAAUUCGAUUCCGUACUGUUUGCGAUGGCAGAACAACAUUCGGGUGGUGUACCGGAGAUGUUAGCCACAUUUGCUGGAUUCUUGAACCGAAAGACUGACUUCUUUGUUGGUGGCGAUGAAGGCGAAUGGGAAAAGCUGGUGUUGCAAAUAUUCCGCCAGGAAGCGGCCAAAGCACAGGAAGUAGCCCGCAAAAAGCGUGAGGAACGCGAAGCACAAGAACGCCGGCGUCAGGAAGUGCUGCGCAAGAAAAAGGAGGAGGAAGAACAAAGCAAAUCGGCGACCAUUACCGAGCUGACGGAUGAGGAGGCAGAACAGCUGCAGAAGGAGCUCGAUGCGAAAAAACAAAGCGAAAGUGAACCACCGGCAAAGAAAGCGACAACGGCUGAUGAGAGUAAAGCAAACAAAGACACUAAAGCGGACAGUGAUACGGAGGAUGUGGAACCGGGCGAUGAAGGUAAGCUAAAACCAAACCGAGGCAAUGGGUGCGAUCUGGAGAAAUAUAACUGGACACAGACACUGCAGGAAAUUGAGUUGCGCGUUCCGUUCGAUGUAAAGUAUACCUUAAAAGCGAAAGAUGUCGUUGUGAACAUGCAGCGAAAAACGCUCAAAGUAGGCCUGAAAGGCCAUCCGCCCGUCAUCGAUGGGGAGCUAUGUUCGGAGAUCAAAAUCGAAGACUCGCUGUGGCAUCUGGAUAAAAACACGGUCGUACUAACGUUCGAAAAGAUCAACCAAAUGAACUGGUGGGACCGGCUGGUGUCUACCGAUCCGCCCAUUAACACGAGAAAAAUCAAUCCCGAAUCAUCGAAACUGUCCGAUCUGGACGGUUCGACGCGCAGUAUGGUGGAAAAGAUGAUGUACGACCAGCGGCAGAAGGAGAUGGGUCUGCCGACGAGUGACGAGCAGAAGAAGCAGGAUAUGUUGAAAAAGUUCAUGGAACAACAUCCUGAGAUGGACUUUUCCAAGUGUAAAUUUACCUAAAACCGAUCGAAUGGCUUUAAGACAGAUUCUUUCCAUGCUUUCCAAACACACACACACACAUACCAAUCGGUCCGCAUGGCAAAUUUUGCUGGUAUAAAGAUCGAUCGAUACUCGCUGCAAAAGGUUCACGAGAUCUUGAGAAUGCUGCCACCCUCUGUCUCUCUCUAUCUCUCGUAGGCCAUUUUCGCCAUUAAAAACGGUUUGUUUAUACUUUUGUGAUGCAGAUAGUGCGUAGCUUCGUUUACGCUCCACGUAUUAUAUUGUCAUUUACACCGAUUGACGUAGAAAAUAGAGUAUCAUCGUUUAAGAGUUCCUUCAA